GCUUUUUUCUUCCUUUCUUUCCCUUCUUUUCUGGGAAACUGCCCACUCAUUAAAGCAACAAUCUUUGAACAAAAUUUAGCUCCAAAGUCCGUCGAAUCGCAAAAAAAAAACAAAAAUCUCAGACCCGGCAGAGAACUUCGAGCAAUGCUGGAAGAAAAUGGCGAGCGGCUGCGCAGUACGAGGUGGUUGUCCCAGCGAUUACGUCGCCGUUGUCGUAGCAAUCAUCUGCUUUCUCGUGCUUCUAUCACGCUCGAUCUUGCCCUGUUUAAUACACAAGGCUCCUCGUCUUAAUGGAAGCAGUUUCUGGAUCCCUGUGAUUCAAGUCAUUGCAAGCUUCAACCUUCUCUUCUCAAUUGUGAUGUCAGUCAAUUUCCUCAAGUUCAAUAAGAGACAUUGGUGGCAAUCUUGUUACGUUUGGGCAGUGUGGGUUGAAGGGCCACUUGGAUUCGGGUUGCUGCUAAGCUGCCGUAUAACUCAGGCAUUCCAACUAUACUAUAUAUUUGUCAAGAAGCGUUUACCUCCUAUCAAGUCAUAUUUCUUUCUUCCCCUUGUACUGCUGCCAUGGAUCGGUGGAGCUGCGUUUAUCCAUGCAAGAAAGCCUCUCAAUCAUCAGUGCCACAUGGGGGUUAAAUGGACUCUCCCGGUCGUUGGGUUUCAUGCUUUAUAUGUUCUCGCUCUCGUUGCAUUCACGAGGGCAAUCCGUCAUAUAGAGUUCCGUUUUGAUGAACUUAGGGAUCUUUGGCAAGGAAUUCUUGUCUCAGCUUCAUCAAUCGGAAUAUGGGUUUCAGCUUAUGUCUUGAAUGAGAUUCAUGAAGAUGUCUCCUGGCUUCAGAUUUCAUCAAGAUUUAUGCUUCUAAUUAUGGCUGGAAUUCUUGUCGUUGUCUUCUUUUCAAUUUCAAGUUCUCAACCUCUAAUCUCACAAAUCAGCCUGAAGAAAAGGGAGCAUUUUGAAUUUCGAAGAAUGGGUCAAGCUUUAGGCAUACCCGACAGUGGACUGUUACUGCACAAGGAGGAGGUUCAACCCAUAGAUACAAAUGAGCCGCUCGAUAAGCUUCUUCUGAAUAGAAGAUUCCGUCAAUCCUUUAUGGAAUUCGCAGAUAGUUGUUAUGCUGGAGAAACCUUGCACUUCUUUGAAGAGGUUCAUGAACAUGGAAAAAUCCCUGAAGAUGAUCCAGUAAGAAGAAUCUACAUGGCUCGGCAUAUCAUUGAGAAGUACAUAGUUGCAGGUUCUGAGAUGGAGGUGAAUAUAUCUCAUAAGACCCGGCAAGAAAUCUUGAACACUCAAGAUCUUGCUCACCCUAAUCUCUUCAAGAACGCAUUAAACGAAGUGAUGCAGCUGAUCAAGACGAACUUGGCAAAGGAUUACUGGUCUUCCAUCUUCUUCAUCAAGUUCAGAGAAGCAGCCAUGGAGCAAGACCCGGCCCACUUGGAAAGUUGGAGUUUUUCUCCAAGGCUGAGCUCUGUUCAUGGCUCUGAUGACCCUUUCUUCCAUGAACAACUAUCAAAGUGUUCCAGCCACAGUAGCCCUGUCUAAGGGAGUCACAAACAGGUAUUUCCCCUUAGUGUUGUAAUCUUAUACAUAAUGUUCAUAGAUUUUCCGACACAGUUCUUGUAAUGUAGACUCGUAACCGGUGGUACAGUUUUCCGGUACAGUUCGGUUUGGUGUAUGCGGAUAAAACUCAGAAACCAUGUAUUAUUAUUAAAGCAAUACAUGUACAAAUUAUUCAUAGUUGAAA